AUGGCGUCCAUUCUCAAAGUAUCUUCGUUUAUCUCUCCUCUGCACCAAAAGUUGAAUUAUGUCAGUUUUUCGCCCAAAUUUCAGCAGGUUAGUGUAAGAAAUGGGAGAUUGAAUGUUCCCGCAAUGACAGUAAAAGCUCAAACUGCCGUUGAAGGGGAUGUAAUUGAAAAUGAAUCAGUCUCCUCCAAUGAAGAAAAGGAUUAUGGAGUUGUUAGUGUUCACCAUGUUGGAAUUUUAUGUGAAAACCUAGAAAAAUCACUUGACUACUAUCAAAACGUUCUAGGUCUUAAGAUAAACGAAGCUCGACCACAUGAUAAACUUCCAUACAGGGGUGCUUGGUUGUGGGUAGGGUCUGAGAUGAUUCACUUAAUGGAACUUCCAAAUCCGGACCCUCUAACUGGACGACCUCAACAUGGUGGUCGAGAUCGUCACACUUGUAUUGCAAUCCGAGAUGUUUCUAAGCUCAAAGCAAUCCUUGAUAAAGCUGGUAUACCCUACACACUUAGCCGUUCCGGAAGACCAGCAAUCUUUACUCGUGAUCCUGAUGCCAAUGCACUAGAGUUCACACAAAUAGAUGAUUAA